AUGGCACCCACAGUGCUGGAUAAAGCAACCAGUGAACGCUCCACCACUAGCGACCUCAUUGAUUAUCUGGAAACAGAAUUGACCUCUCACGCGACAACCCCAUUAGAUGAAGCACACACCAGUCAUCUUCUGUCGAUGGUGAAAGCCUGCCAGACCGACGUAAUGGAGAUUCACCGUAAGAUACAGCUUGCAUCACCUCCAGACAUGACACCACACCAACAAGAAUUUCAGCGACUAAUGACCAAGUCCACCAAGUUAUUAUCAGCAUUUACUGGAAUCAAGAUGAAGUUCCCAGUCUCAUCUUCCGCCUCCAGUUCAAGUGCUGCAACCAGUUCAACCACUCCAACCACGACGGAUAUCAGACUCCCUCGUCUCGAACUUCCCUCUUUCGACGGCAAUCUGCAAGCUUGGGUCACUUUUCGGGACAUGUUUGUCACUGCCGUGCAUGACAACUUGUCUCUUAGUAAGUCACAGAAGCUUACCUAUCUAAAAUCUCUACUCAAGAAUGAAGCAUCCAGGCAAAUCUCUAGUAUGAUAAUAUCGGACACUAACUAUGAUAUUGCGUGGUCCCAGUUGUCUGAUAGGUAUCAGAACGAUCGCGAACUACUUUUCGCCAUUCUCCGUAGAUUCCACAACCAAGCUCUUGUGAAGCCGCAGUCAUCAACAUCAAUCCGUAGCCUAGUUGAUGUCUCUCGUGAGUGCAUCCGAUCACUGGAUGUCCUCAAGCUUCCUACAGAUCAGUGGGACGCGCAUCUCCUUUUCAUCCUAGUUACGAAGAUGGAUUCAACAUCCAAAGAAUUGUGGGAGCAGUCGCUCAAGGACAGCUCCAUUCCCUCACUAAAAUCCCUAUUCGAAUUUCUCGAGCAGAGAGCUCGAGCACUAGCAGCAAGUGGAUCAUUAUCAUCAUCAUCGAAGCCCGUGCACCCCAACAACCCGCAUGGCAACAGAGUUCAGACACGUAAUAUGGUCCACACCACAAAUGCCAGCAGAAAUUGUCAUUUAUGUGAAGCAAGUCCUCAUCCUCUAUUCAAGUGUGAGAAGUUUCUGGGACUCCCAAUUCAGCAACGAGUUGAUGGCGUCAAGAAGUUGAAUUUGUGUUUCAACUGCUUUGGGCCCCACAGAAUCCAAGACUGUCCCAGCAACAGAACGUGUAGGACGUGCAAUGGUAAGCACCACACCCUUCUACACAAACCCAGGCAAGCCGAUGCCGCAGCCAUUCCUCCAGUGGUGCUACAUGCAGAAAACAGCGCCCCUCAUCCCCCACGUGACAAGUCUCAUUCCACUCCCAAGGAAUACGACACCCUACUGGCAACAUGCCUCGUCCAGGUAGCAGACCCCAGUGGUAACUACCACACCCUCCGAGUGCUGGCCGACAAUGGCAGCAAUGCAAACUAUGUGACGGACUCUUGCAUCAAAAGGAUUGGAGUUCCUCGCAGACGGUACUUCGCAACGGCAACAGGUCUAGGUGGAGUAUCCCUUGUCAAUGCUACUGGAAUUACUGAAUUCUCAGUCAGCCCACAUUUUGAUUCAACCAUUUCAUUCUUUGUCUCCAGGUGUCUCAUCACUUCGAAGAUCACUGGCAGACUCCCAUCUUCAACCUUCGACCACAGCAGAUGGUCACAUCUCCAAAACCUCCAAUUAGCCGAUCCCAACUACUACAAGCCUCAAGACAUUGACAUGCUCCUGGGUGCUGAGUUCUUUUUCGACAUUCUCAAGGGUACCAAGUUGAAAGGCCCACCCAACAGUCCAUUCGCUAUCUCAACUAGUUUCGGAUGGCUGAUUGGUGGUGGUGCCCCAAACGCCCCUUCAAUCAAUCCUCAGGUCCAUGCCACCCUCGCCUCGCAACAUGGUCGCAGUACCAAUUCAAUCUCCUCUGCCAGUGAUCAGGAUGAGCACCUCGACGCUACGCUACGGAGAUUCUGGGAAAUUGAGAGUGCGCCCUUGCAGCGGCUCCAAACCUCAGACGAAUCAAAGGUCGAAUCUCACUUCGCCUCCACCUAUCGCCGAGAAGAGAAUGGUCAAUUCACCGUGCAGAUUCCAUUCAAAUCUCAGGUAUGCCACCCUCCUCCACCGUCAGCAGGUCUGUCAAAUCCUGCAAUCAGAGUACCAGCAAUUGGUAAAUCCAUGGAUAUUGCCAUGAAGCGUCUCCUCUAUUUGGAACGACGUCUUGCCAAGAAUCCAGACCACAAGAAACAAUAUGCACUAUUCAUGAAAGAAUAUGAAGAUUUAGGCCACAUGGAACGUGUUACACCAGAGGAUUCAACUUCAGCCUGUUACAUCCCGCAUCAUUUUAUCCUCAAGGAAUCCAGUACAACAACAAGUUUUCGGGUUGUAUUCGAUGCCUCCGCGAAGACAUCAAACGGUGUUUCACUAAAUGACACGAUGAUGGUUGGCCCCACCAUUCAGGAUAGCCUAACUGAUCUCUUGACUCGUUUUAGAAUCCACAAGAUUGCCUUUGUAGCCGAUGUCGCGAAAAUGUAUCGGCAGAUCCUGCUUUCGUCGCCUGACAGAGAGUUUCAUCGCAUUUUAUGGCGUGAAGACCCUAGCAAACCAGUGCAGCAUUUCCGACUUCGCACCGUCACAUACGGAACUGCUGCAGCCCCCUUCCUAGCCACCAGAGUUUUGGAGGAAGUUGCAACCCUGGAGAAGGACUCUUUCCCUCGAGCAGCAGAAGUUGCCCUCCGCGAUUUCUUUGUUGAUGACUUGAUGUCUGGAGAACCAUCAGUCGAGGAGGCAAUUGAAACCCAGCAUCAAUUGAUCAAGAUGAUGGAAAGCGCAAAGAUGAGCCUACGAAAAUGGUCGUCGAAUUCCCAAGCCGUAUUAGAUACCCUACCGCCUGAGAUGAGAGAGACGCAAUCUCUUCUAAACUUUGACACUGAUUCCUCGAUCAAGACUCUUGGCAUUCGAUGGAACCCUAAAGCAGACCAAUUCACCUUUAUGGUUUUGCCAACUCCAUCCACUACUCAAGUAACCAAGCGGUCCAUUCUUUCUGAGAUCGCUCGCCUGUUUGACCUUGUUGGUUGGCUCGCCCCUGUCAUAAUCAAUGGCAGGAUUAUAAUGCAAUCAAUUUGGAAACUGCAGCAGGGAUGGGACGAAUCUUUACCGAUAGAGAUUCACAAUCAAUGGAAUGCAUUUCGCACUGACCUCGAAGGUUUAGUCAAACUCUCCAUCAAUCGUUAUUUUUUGCAAGGCUCUCAAUUGUUGUGCCCCAGUCUCAAUGUCCCUAGUUUUACCACCACCAAGUACUACCUCGCCGGGUUCUGCGAUGCCUCGGAGGACGCCUAUGCAGCCGCAGUCUAUUUUUGUGCCUACGAUGGUCAAAAUAGUUCUAUCUCACUUGUCACAUCCAAAACUCGCGUGGCGCCCUUGAAGAAGAUAUCCUUGCCUCGCCUUGAGCUAUGCGGAGCCAGUCUUCUCGCCGACCUUACACUCGCCGUCCAAUCAGCAGUAAAAGUUCCGAUUCAUUCAAUAACGGCAUGGACGGAUUCGACCGUUACCCUUGCAUGGAUCCGGUCUGACUCCUUAAGAUGGAAGACGUACGUGGCCAACAGGGUCACAAGUAUCCAUGAGAAAAUUCCGCCCAUGCGUUGGGGACAUGUCCGAGGAGAUGAAAAUCCUGCAGAUUGCGCGUCACGGGGAAUAACUGUAAAGGAUCUUAUCUACCACCCCCUUUGGUGGGAAGGACCUCCAUGGCUCAAGAACGGAAUACCUGAUCCCCAAUGCUGUGUCCCACUCAAUCACUCCUUAGCUGCCAGUGAAGAAAGAAAACCAAAACCGACCGUAUUCCAUUCAAUGAUAGAAUUCAAUGAUUCAAUCCUGCACCGAUAUUCAUCUCUCCUAAAACUUGUCAGAAUAACAGCAUUCAUAUUCCGAUUUGUCAAAAGUUUCAAAUGUCGCCAAGAUCUCAAGUUGUGCCAUGUCGUCACUCGUUCCGGUAAAGAUGUCGCUACAGUGGAACCACGUCACCCAGUCCACAAGCAAGUUCGCCCCGAGUCCACAAAAUCCACCACGAAUGUGCCCCCUUUGACUCCAGCAGAACUUGACCAGGCGUUCUCAUACUGGAUUAAGCACUCUCAACAGCAAGAAUUUUCCAAGGAAAUUCACUCCCUCGCCAAUGGGCUACCUAUCAAGAAGAAGAGCAAAUUAAUUUCUCUGCUGCCCUUUAUCGAUUCAAUAGGAUUGCUCAGGGUUGGUGGUCGUCUAAAAAAUGCCAAGAUUUCUGAAGACCAAAGACAUCCCAUUCUCCUGUCAUCCCAUCAUCACUUGACACAAUUACUCAUCAAAUCUGAACAUUUGAAACAUUUUCACGCUGGUCCUCAGCUUCUGAUGUCGGUACUUCAGCGGCGUUAUUGGAUCAUCCGCAUGAAAGAUGCAGUCCGAAGAGAAAUUGCAAAAUGCUUGACAUGUACCAGAACAAAGGCUCAAACUCUACAGCAAGUGAUGGCAGACCUCCCUUCAUUUCGCGUCAACCCAGCUCGACCCUUCCUGAAAUGUGGAGUGGACUACGCUGGACCCUUUUCUGUUCGGCCCAUCCAGCCUCGAAGCAAAAUAACUCUAAAGGCAUAUCUGGCAGUAUUUGUGUGCUGCACCACCAGAGCAAUACACUUGGAAGUAGCUACCAGCCUCUCAACCGACAUGUUUAUCGCUGCCUUUCGCCGAUUCAUAAGCAGAAGAGGUCUACCCACGGACAUGUACAGCGAUAAUGGUACAAAUUUCAUUGGUGCCAAUCGCGAGAUGAAGGAAAUGGUUCAAUUGGUAAAUUCCUCAUCCCAUAACCAGCAAGUGGCCGAUAACCUAUCAAGAGAUGGAAUCCGAUGGCAUUGGAACCCUCCUGCCGCCCCCCAUUUUGGUGGAAACUGGGAGAUUGGUGUCAAAUCCUGUAAAUUUCACCUAAAGCGAAUCAUGGGAUCGCACCGAUUGACUUUCGAAGAACUGACCACUGCAGCGUGCCAAAUCGAAGCGAUCCUGAACUCCCGUCCGUUGACCCCUGAGUCCAACAAUCCAGAAGACCUCGCCGCUCUUACCCCUGGACAUUUCCUCAUUGGUGCUCCAUUAACAGCCGUUCCAGAACCGAACUUGUUGGAUCUCAAAAUCAAUAGCCUUUCCCGAUGGCAGUUAAUCCAACAAAUGAUCCAGGCUUUUUGGAAGCGUUGGUCAGCCGAAUAUCUAUCCCGACUCCAACAGCGCCCGAAGUGGAUGAGUGGAUCUCGAGCGAUCGCAGUUGGCGAUAUUGUCGUCAUUAAAGAGGAGAACCUACCCCCAUGCGUUUGGAAACUUGGUCGUAUCCUCGCCCUGCACCCUGGAAAUGACUCAUUAGUGCGCGUCGUCACGGUCAAGACGUCUACUGGUGUUUUCAAGCGUCCCAUUCCGUUGGUUCAAGGCCGGCGGAAUGUUGAGGAAGUUUUAACAAACUUCAUCAAAGGAUUCGAUCUCUUGUGCGAACUUGUCCCAAACAUUGCCGAAGCUUGUGAACCAAUUGAUAAGAUGGAAGUUGUAUUGGCUUGCGAUGCCCGUUACGCGAUUGAACCGCAUGAAUGCGCGUUUAAGAAAAUACGUGGAGUUGAAUAUACGAAUAGCACGAGUUCUGGGGGUUCGGUGUCGGACACUUUUUACACGGAAAUUUCAAGUUCGGCGGGGAUCGACUUUAAGGCUUUGCAGGUCAUGCAUACAUUCAUCGCGAAAGAGAACCAUCGCCUACUACAGGCUCAACACGAAGAAACCCUGGCCCUCCGUGACACGAUCAAUCACUCCCAAUUCACUCAAACUGUAACGACUGGGGUUCUCCUUGCCAUUGUUGCCGUCCUUGGCCUCUGUUCCCUUAUCACCAAUCUGGCUUCAUUUGAGACCAGACUCGGCGUAAGCGUAACCACCGGAUACGACUGGAGCCAAACGGAGUCGAGCACGUUUACUGAAACGAUCGAGUACGAAUCCAGGGUUCAAGCUCCACCCGGCUGUUUGACCAGAAUUAAGGAAGCCGUCGGAAUUUGUGGUCCUUUCAACGUAUAUUCCCCGCACUUUGGGAGAUAUGACUAUUGCAAUAAAACCAUGGUCAGAACGACAGGAACCUUUGCACCUGACCAGGACGAAGAAAUUACGAAGCUUUUGACACCCAUGGAAACGAUGACGCUGGCCUGGAAACGUGCCGGAAGUAACUUGCAGAGUUGGCAAGAAAUUGAAGACUUCAACACGGUCGAGGGUGCAAUAAUUUCGGCAAAAACGAGUUCCAGGGUGGAGAAGGGAUACGUUGUGUACGUGAAUGGGAAAAAAAGGAGGGUGAUAAAGGUUCAAGAUUCGUGUGGACUCAAGCGCAAGAAUUCCACCAAGACCGCAUACGUUUAA